AUGCGAACAGCUACAAAUUUUUUCCUUGCCAAUUUGGCAUUGGCAGAUUUAUUGGUUGCCAUAUUUUGUAUUUUACAAAAUAUGUUACAUUUGGUUCAUUUGGAUGCACAGUGGCCGUUGGGAGAAACUCUAUGUAGAAUGUAUGCACUCAUUCUACACCUUGCCCCAUGUGCAGGAAUUGGAAUUCUCGUGUGUGUUUCAGUCGAAAAAUAUAUAGCUGUUUUACACCCUUUAUUGGCUCUGAAAUUGUUAACGCCUAGAUUUCGUUCUUUAAUGAUGACCGCUGUUUGGAUAUGCUCGUUGUUAGCAAAUUUGCCAUAUUACACAACUUCAAAAUAUCGUGAAUGGGAAGGAGGAAAUGCGGCGUGCUUUAGAGGGCUUUUAACUGAUGGUGCUUGUUUGGAUGUUUUGUUUAAAUGUUGUUUGGAUGUUUGUUUAGAUGUUUGUUCGGAUGUUUGUUUCAAUGCUUGUUUGGAUGUUUUGUUUAAAUGUUGUUUGAAUGUUUGUUUAGAUGUUUGUUCGGAUGUUUGUUUAAAUGUUGUUUGGAUGUUUGUUUAG